AUGCGCCGCCUGCGGGGGAAGCAGCCGGGUGCAUUCAGCAAUGGCGAGAGAAGGCUCCUGAAGGCUUUUGGGCAUCUGGCAGAGCCAUUGGGAUUGGGCGUAUUUCGAAUUGCUGCAGUGUCAAGGGCCUGCUGCUGUUUCCUUGCGAGUGAUCAGAAUCAUGACAGCUUUUGGAGACAGAUCUUUGAGCAGAAGGUCUGUCUCAAAAAGAUCAGGAAAAGUGACGCGGCUUGCAAAGCACUCUUCGCUCGAAUCCCGCUUGGCCUACAGUCACUGGACCUGCUACUCAGCAAGGUGGAGUGGCACAGCACGGACAGGGAGAGCAUCAGCGAAGAAACGCUGAAGGUUCUGACUACAAAGCUCGGGAACCUUAAGAAGUUCUCCCUGGACAUGUUUUGCCACGAUGCAGAAUUCCAGGCAGAACUAGUCAGAAACCUUCCCAGCACGCUGGAAUCUCUUAGCUUGGCUAUGGAGAUGGAGGAAGGAGUUGUUGAGCUAAUGGCCCAACAUCUUCCGAGAAACUUGUCCAGCUUGGCGGUGGACUUCCACAUGAUGCUGGAGGGGGACCUCUCUGUUUUGCUGAAAGCUGUGCCCACAUGCUUGAAACAUCUUCGGCUGGGCUUGGCGGAGGUGCUUUCGAGGCAAGAUUUACUGCACUUGAGUGCAAUGAUCAAAGACAAUGCUGGAUUGGAGACCUUGGUUUUGGACUUGGAAAACAACUCAGACUGCACAGGUGAAGCCCUCGACAAAGUUCUCCAAAGUCUUCCACCACAGCUUCGUCAGCUGGAACUCAAAAUGACAAAUCUCGACUUGAAGCAUCCGGGCCUGAGCAGAGCUUUCGCGACGGGACUAGCGCAGUUGCGCCACCUGCAGAUCCUAGUCCUAGACUUUGAGGAGUCGCAUUUGGAUCCAAAUGCGAGAUUUGCAUCUGAAGUGCUGACGGCAGUGCAGUCUGAACUUUCGGAGUGCUCGUUGAAUUUUGCAGCCUACCACGUUGCACCAGGGAGUUUGGCUUCUAUCGCGGACAUGCUGUCAAGGCAGCCAUGCUUGCACCGCCUGCAUUUGGAUUUGCGUGCGCAAGAGGUGAAUGAGAGUGUGCCGGACAUUGCGAGGAGAUGGCCCAACAUCAAGGACUUGUCCUUGAGCUUCUUCAACUCUGACCUCUCUGGGCCAGCCAUGGAUGUGCUGUCUGCCGCUUUGCCCCGCAACCUCAAGUCUUUCAAGUUGAACAUCGAUGGUUGCUCUGCACUUGCACCGAAGAAUAUUGAAACUUUGUUUCGUAACUUGCCAAAGGGGCUUGCUCACCUGGACUUGGAACUCGAGUGGAAAACUGCUUGUGGAGCUCAAGAGAUUCAGUUCCCUCCCUUGUUGAAGACGCUUUGCUUCCGCUGCAGUGCCCUCUACGAGCCGGGUUCAAACGAAGCACGUUUUGUCCAAGCCUUUUGCGGAGAAAUCCAAUCUUUGAAACUGCAGUCUUUAAAGCUGGGCUUUGAGAUGUGCGACAUCAGCUUGGAGAGCGCAGCCAAGCUAGCAAAGAGCUUGCCUACAAGUCUGCGCAAGCUCGAAAUGGACGUGGAUGGAGUGGUUACUGCCGCAGACACUACGCAACGUUGGGAGGAGACGCUGCGUCCGCUCCAGCUUCGCUUCGGAAAAGGAGUUCGAAUUCCGCAGGAAGGCAGCAGCAGUGAUGCGAAGCGUGUGAACCUGUCAAGCCUUUUCGCCCUCCUUCACUAG